UCCUCUCCAGGAAUAACGGCAUUUCACCAUUUCUUCAAUGCCUUGUCCGAACCCUACACAGAACUCAUCGGAAAAUAUGCUCACGGACAAGACCUGAGAUCGGGAAAAGCAUUGCACGCGCACCUCAUCAUCAAUGGGUUGGCCCGUAAGACCCACUUUGCAUCAAAGCUCAUUUCUUUCUAUGCAAAAUGCAAACAGCUAGAAGAUGCUCGUAAGUUGUUCGAUGGAAUUCCCCAAACAAAUGCCCGUCGUUGGAUUGUCUUGGCCGGGGCUUAUUCGCGGCAAGGAAUUUAUGAGGGAGUCAUGGCCUUGUUUAAUGAAAUGCAGAAGUCGGGAAUGCAUCCAAAUAAGUUUGUUCUUCCCAGUGUCUUGAAAGCAUGUGGCCAUCUCUUUGAUCAAAGAACUGGGGAGAAAUUGCACGUUGUCAUGCUGAAAUACGAGUUUGAAUCCGAUGCUUAUGUGGUUAGUGCACUAAUUGAUAUGUAUUCGAAAUGUGGGCACGUGGAAAAGGCCAAAAGUAUAUUCAAUAGAAUGGUAAAAAAAGAUUUAGUGGCACUAAAUGCUAUGGUUUCUGGUCUUGUGCAGCAUAGGCAUGAAGGAAAUGCUCUUGUUUUGAUUGAUAAAAUGAAAUCAAUAGGUUUAAAGCCUAAUCUGGUGACAUAUAAUACAUUGAUUGCAGGGUUUUCUCAAGCAGACGAUAGAAAUAUGGUGUCCAAACUCUUCAGCAUGAUGCACGAUGCGGGCAUACAACCCGAUGUAGUAUCUUGGACUUCUGUGGUUUCUGGGCUUGUCCAGAAUUUCCAUAACCGUGAAGCCUUUCGUAUCUUCAAGCACAUGUUGAAUGUUGGGUUGCAUCCAAGCUCAGCCACAAUUAGUACUUUAUUGCCUGCUUGUGCUAAUUUGGCAAAUAUACUUCAUGGGAAGGAGAUCCAUGGAUAUGCAGUAGUGAUGGGAACUGAAAAGGAUGUGUAUGUAAGGAGUGCCCUCAUAGAUAUGUAUACGAAAUGUGGGCUCAUUCACGAAGCGAGGACAAUAUUCCAUAACAUGUCCAUGAAAAACACAGUUACUUGGAAUUCAAUGAUUUUCGGCUAUGCAAAUCAUGGAUUUUGCAAAGAAGCUAUAGACCUUUUUGAAAAAAUGGUAAGAGAGGAAGAGAAAAAAAUGGACCACUUGACUUUCACAGCAGCUCUCACUGCUUGCAGCCAUGGUGGGAUGGUUCUGUAUGGAGAAAGGGUUUUCAGGAAGAUGGUGGAAGAACAUGGAAUCGAACCAAGGUUAGAGCAUUAUGCAAGUAUGGUCGAUCUGCUGGGAAGAGCCGGGAAGAUCGAGAAGGCGUAUGAUUUUAUUCAAAGUAUGCCGAUCGACCCGGAUUUUUUCGUGUGGGGAGCUUUAUUAGGGGCAUGCAGACAGUAUGGGAAUGUGGAUAUUGCAGAGGUGGCGGCUAAAGAAUUGUCUAAGUUAGAACCUGAUAGUGCUGGAAGCGGUGUGCUGCUUUCUAGCCUAUAUGCAGAUGUGAAUAGGUGGGGAAAUGUUGCUAAGAUGAAAAUAUCCAUAAAGAAAAAGAAGUUGAAAAAGUUUCCUGGAUGUAGUUGGGUAGAAGUUGCAUAAGCUGCAACAAUUAUACCUUUUUUAAUUUUCUCAUGUGGUCGAUUCAAUUGUAAUGCAGUUGACAAUUUUCCAUUUGGAAAAAAGAAAAUGCCACAAAUCUUACUGCAGAAAA